AUGAGAUAUGCGCCCGAGUUCAAGAAGUCCCCCUCGCACCUCCUGAAGAAGUUUGCAGUGUGCGACAUCCCGCUGUACGACAUAUGCGACUACAAUGUCAGCAGGGACCGCUGCAAGGAGCUUGGCUGCUGCUUCUAUAAAGGCAUCUGCUACGAGAAAGCCGUGCCCACUUACGUGCAGGUGUUUUCUGCCUUGAUCGUGAUCAUCGCCGGGGCCUUUGUCAUCACCAUCAUUUACAGAGUCAUCCAGGAGAGCCGGAGAGAAAAGGAAGUCCCCACGGAGGCGCCUGUGUCGGCCAAGUCCAGCGUCCAGGUGGAGACACAGCCCCCCAGCAACGUGGGGGCGGGCUCGCAGGCCCCAAGCAUGGAGAUGCCGCAGUCCCAGGAGAGCGGCACAGAGGACGCGAGUCUGGUAAUAACAGAGGAGGAGGAAACAGAGGACUGA